AUGGCGUGGACGAAGCUGGUCCUAGCGUUCGCGGCCCUAAGCGCCUCCUCGGGUCUCAUAGCGUCAGCUAUUCCCCUCAACGACCUAGCCCGCCGCGCCCCGCAAAACCCCGACGGUCCCCCGAUCGGCCUCAUCUCCCCGAACCUCACCAAAAAGCACCCCACAACCACCCUCCCCAUCUUCAGCGACGCCCCCGCCAUCAACACAUUCACCCGCCUCCCCAUCUUCGAGACCGGCGGCACGGGGAUCGAGAUCCCGACGACGACCGCGGAUUACCAGAGUCCGCCGUUGAUUCCGACCGAUUUGCCGCCGGUUGAUGGGGUGGUUACUACGACGGCGGAUUACGAGAGUCCGCCGCUGAUUCCGACGGAUCUGCCACCGGCUGAUGGGGUGGUCACUACGACGACGGAUUACGAGAGUCCGCCGCUGAUUCCGACUGAUUUGCCACCGGCUGAUGGCGUGGUUACCACUACGGCGGAUUAUGAGAGUCCGCCGUUGAUUCCGACGGACCUGCCGUCGGUCGAUGGUGAACAGAAGAAGAAGAAGAAAUGUAAGAAGCAUCACCGUCAUCACCACCACCGCCAUCACCACCACCAUCAUCGGGAUGGGAAGAAGAAGGGCGGGGAGGACGACCCUACUAGUAUUGAUGAACCGACGUCGACGGAAGAUGUGCCGGUGGAGACGGUUGUGCCGACUCCUACUGAGGAUACCCCUACAGAUGUUCCCACGGAUGUUCCUACCGAUGUGCCCACUGAAGAACCCACCGCCGCACCCACACCCACCGACGGCGCCCCCUUGCCCAUCGAGACCAUCCCCGGCGACACCCUCUUCCCAGCGUUUAGGACGUUUACGUUCGAGCAGACGCAGCCGACCGUGUCGGUGUGA